CGCGGCAAGACGAAGACACACACCGCAUCUAGCCCCGGGCCCGGUGCAGCAGCUCAGGCAGGCCCAUGGUCCCAAUAUGGCAUCUCCGAGCAAGCAUUCAAAGCACGCGAGAGAUUCCACUAUUGCCCUUGGUGCAACAGCGAUCUUCAUCAGACGCUGGUCUGCCCAUUGAAAGACAAGGGCAAACAGGGAAACUGAGCACCGCCGAGAGUGACUCGACAACACUCUCGACGCCUUCGGAACCGGUUUCUUCGAGAGUAACCGGCCUUCAUUCCGAGGCGCACGCGGAAGUCGAUAGUCCUCUACUUUCUUUUGAGGACUACGCUGCCCGGCUCGUUCCUACGCUGGGUACUCAAGCUCAAGGACAAGAAGUGUGUGUGGUUUCUUCUCCGUCCGGCAACGGCGACAUAUCGUCUUCGAGUGGUUCUUCAUGGGAUUCGGCACGCGAGUUCAACAUAGAGGCAUUGGACCCGCUCACGUCCGAGGACUUUGCAUGGCUUCCUCUCCCGACCACAGGCCGCUUGCCGGGACCGCAAUGCGCAACACUUAGCGCUCAUCUCCACACUUACUUAUCCUUCUAUGCACCACCAACUUCGCCGACGGAUGACGAAGUCGCGGUGGGGGACAUCCUGGCAUAUACUACCAAGGUGGCCCGCGAGUUUCGCACACAGCGGUACGAUGACAACAACGUACCGCUCAUGUAUGUCCGCAUUCAGGUUGGGCAAGCGUCCUGCAGCGCUUUGCUGGAUAGCGACGCGUCUCGCAAUUUCAUGAGCCAAUCCUUUAUGCAAAAGGCUGGCCUUGACGCACAAGUUCGGAGGAAGGCAAACCCGACGGCGAUCAAGUUGGCGGAUGGAAAGACGCAACAGCUUCUCGACCGUUACAUCGAGGCCGUACCGGUCUACUUCGCACCUUAUGCAUGCGAACCGGUGACAUUCGAUAUUCUCGACACGGACUUCGACAUCAUUCUGGGAAUGCCUUGGCUUGCAAGUGCGGAUCACACGAUCAACCUCCACCGGCGGACUCUUAGUGUUCGCGACGCCUUCGGCGCGGAAGUGGCGUGUACUAUUCCUCUACCGCACCCUUCGAUCCGAUGCCAAGUGGUGACGGCCAAAUCAUUCCGGGCAACUUGCGCUUAUGAGCAGCCCGAGGAGAUCGGCCUAUGUUUCCUACGGACCGUCACGGUAGCUGACUCUUCACCCACGGACUUGUCUUCGGACCCCCGUGUGGUGCGGUUGCUGGACGAGUUCGCCGACAUCUUUGAGUCACCUACCGGUGUGGUGCCGGAUCGGCCGAUCUCUCACGAGAUCAUUCUCGAGGCUGGUGCCGUGCCGCCGAAAGGUUGCAUCUAUCGGAUGAGCGAGGAGGAACUCGAGGUCCUCCGUACACAACUCGACGAUUUGUUGGCCAAGGGCUGGAUCCGCCCUAGCAGCUCACCAUAUGGAGCACCAGUUCUCUUCGUCAGGAAGAAGAACAAGGAUCUACGACUGUGUAUCGACUACCGCAAGCUCAACGCGCAAACCGUCAAGAAUGCGGGGCCUCUUCUUCGCAUCGACGAUCUUCUUGAGCGAUUGGGCGGCGCAAAAUAUUUUUCUAAGUUGGAUUUGAAAUCAGGAUAUCAUCAAAUCUCGAUCCAGCCGAACGAUCGCUACAAGACCACGUUCAAAACGCGGUACGGGCAUUUUGAGUGGGUGGUCAUGCCUUUUGGCCUCACCAACGCCCCGGCGACCUUUCAGGCGGCAAUGACCAAUGAAUUCCGUGCAAUGUUGGACUGGUUCGUGAUGAUCUACUUAGACGAUAUUCUCGUCUAUAGCCGGUCAUUGGAGGAUCAUCUUGGGCAUCUUCGACGAGUGUUGGAGACGCUCUGCCGCGCCAAGUACAAAGCCAACCGCGACAAGUGUGAAUUUGUCAGGCAAGAGCUGGAAUACUUGGGCCAUUUUGUCACACCGGAGGGCAUCAGUCCGCUAUCGGACAAGAUUCAAACCAUCCAAGAGUGGUCGGAGCCUCGGAACGUCACGGAUGUCCGCUCGUUCCUCGGUCUUGCCGGCUACUAUCAGCGCUUCAUCAAAGGCUACUCGAAGAUCGCGGCCCACUUGAACAAGAUUCAAUGCGAGGAUCGGCCGUUUGACUUCGGAGAGGAGGCGCGGGGAUCAUUCUUCGCUCUCAAAGUCGCGCUAUUGUUUGCGGAGGUCUUGCGGAUAUAUGACCCGCUCUUGCCUACGCGCGUCACUACGGAUGCAUCAGGCUAUGGCAUUGGUGCAGUCCUCGAGCAACAUGAUGGCGUGGACUGGCACCCGGUCGAGUAUUUCAGCAAGAAAGUGCCCAUCGUGCAUUCCAUUGACGAUGCACGCAAGAAGGAGCUCCUCGCCUUCGUCCACGCGCUCAAGCGGUGGCGGCACUUCCUCCUUGGCCGAAGCCAAUUUCGAUGGGUAACGGACAACAAUCCGUUGGUCUUCUAUAAGACCCAAGACACCGUCAACAGCACCAUCGCUCGAUGGAUGGCUUUCAUCGACCAGUUCGACUAGUUUCCCGAUCACAUUCCCAGGAAGUCGAACCGUUUUGCGGAUGCUCUUUCACGG